AUGGCUGUCACCAUUGAUGCGCAGCAGCUACUCGCUGAGCCUCUCAAAGGCCAGACGCUGACCAUAACCGUCACCCCCGACUCGCACCAAACACUUGUAGACGCUCUGAAGGGCCAGGCCCUGACGAUCCCAGAUCUUGUUAUGCUACUCUACCCCGACUGGGAAGUUAAAAACCAUGAAAAUGAGACGCAAAUUCGCGACGAGAUGGAGAAUGAAUGGUGCCCCAACCCCCAUAAACGGUCCAAGUUGAAGCAAGGCAAUUUUGCUGAACAGGCGGGCUACUUCUGGACGGGUUGCCCGCUGGAGCGACUACGCCCUCUGGCCCAAUUUAUGUACUGGUACUUCAUCUGGGAUGACGAUCCAGAGGUCGAUUGCGGGGAACUCACGCACGACCGCGAAGGCACGGAGCAAUACACCAAAGACACCAUCAAGUUCAUGGAAUGGUGCCUAGAGCCCGAAAACUACGCUCCCGAGCGCACCAAGUGUCCAAUCCCAGCAGAUGCAAAGCACAAUUCGGGCUGUUUUGAGGACAUCGGACGGGCUAUGCAGACUGGACAUUCCAGGGGGGCACUACGACGCUAUGCAGAGUCGAUGUACGAUUUCGUGGCCUCGGUUGGUGGGGUGCAGAAGCAGCGGGACACCGGCUUUCCGACGUGGGAUGAAUACCUCGCCAACCGGGUAUAUUCAAUCGGUGCAUUGCCGUGCUUGAUGGCGAUGGAUGUCACUAUCAUUGGAGUCUACACUGUGACUAACGUGGAGGCUAGCGUCAACGAUAUCAUCUCAUUCAAAAAAGAGAUUGUUGACGGACAGCUUGAUAGCACCAUUCCCCUGAUCAUGCACCACCACGAAAUGACCUCGGCUCAGGAGGCAUUGAAUGUUGCGAUCCGUGACCUACAACGGUCCCGAGCACUCUUCGACUCAGCUAGCGACUGUCUCACGACGGGCUUCAGAUAUCGCAAGUUGGAUACAAAGACCCAGAUUGAUAUCUCAGUUCUUAUUCAGGGGUGCAAGAACAUGAUGCUUGGCAAUGUGAAAUGGUCUCUGAGCAAUCAGCGGUAUUUACCCAACGAGAAGUUGGAUGGCUGGAAGGUCUCGUUCACAAUUUAG